AUGCGCCCGGAUGGCAUUUCCAGUACGAACGGCUCCUCCCACACGUUAAAUGGCUCAAAUGCAUCCCCGUCCCAGAAGACAGCUUUCGCCCACUCUCUGAACGGCCAAACGAGUUUCACAGCCUCCAACGGAGAUGUACGCACGAAUGGAUCUCAAAAGGCAUCAGUCGGCCCUCCGUCAUACUAUGGUCAUGACCGAGAAGAAGUUACCCGAAUCUUGAUUCAAGCCCUGUUUGACCUUGGCUAUGAUGGGGCCGCGACGCUUCUAAGCAAAGAGAGUGGAUACCAAUUGGAGAGCCCAGCGGUUGCUACGUUUAGGAAUGCGGUGUUGGAGGGGCGUUGGACCGAGGCGGAACAUAUACUGGUGCAGUCAUUCUAUCCAGAUCGAGGUGGUUGGAGAAGUAAUACCGGCGACCAAGCGUCAAAUAGGGAGAAGCUGGUUUUGGUGGAAGAUGCUCAGAAGAACGAAAUGCUUUUUUACCUGCGACAGCAAAAAUUCCUCGAAUUGUUGGAAGCCCGCGAUUUGGCGGCGGCCCUAAUAGUUCUGAGACAUGAACUGACACCUCUAAAUUAUGACAUAGGACGGUUACACGCCCUGUCCAGCGGUCCCACGAUGAGUGAAACUGACUUCAGUGCUAGUCUACUCAUGUGUCCCCCAGAACACCUCCACGACCAGGCCGGCUGGGACGGUCCCAUAAGCUCUUCUCGAGAACGUUUGUUAUCGGAAUUGUCUAGUGAGUUCCUGAACCCAGGACUCGGAGCUGUAACAGUGCACACCGCUAACAACGUCGCAGGGUCAAUAUCGCCCUCUGUUAUGAUUCCGGACAAUCGUCUUGCUAUUCUGCUGGAUCACGUCAAGCAAACACAGAUCAACCAGUGCUUAUACCACAAUUCUGCAUCACCUCCUUCGUUAUAUUCAGAUCACAUGUGUGAUCGGAAAGACUUUCCUUUGCGAACCGGGAUUGAGUUGAACCAACAUUCCGACGAGGUAUGGUGGUGCCAGUUCUCGAACGACGGGACGAAACUGGUCACUGCCAGCAAAGAUCAGACUGUAAUCAUUUACGAGACCAGCACCUUCUCUGUGAUACAGAAGCUGUUAGGCCAUGAGGAUGGUGUUGCACAGUGUGCAUGGAGCCCGGAUGACUCGAAGAUCAUUACCUGUUCGCAGGACAAGACCGCCCGCGUAUGGAGCGUUGAGUUGGCAAAGACUGGUCGUUGCCUUCUGACCAUCAACCACCACCGUCAUCCUGUGACAGCUGCAGCGUGGGCUCCAGAUGGAGAGUCUUUUGUAACAGCCGCUCUCGACGUGAGCUCGCAACUCUGCCAUUGGGGCAUGCGUGGACAGACCCUAUACAUGUGGCCCGAAGGCUUCCGCGUUCAGGAUUGUGCUAUCACGCCCGAUGGCCGGAGACUUAUCGCGGCAGACCUUGAUCAAAAGGUCCACGUCUACAACCUUGCGACCCGCGAUGAAGAAUACUGCCUAGCCUUGAAAAGCAAGCCAACCUCUGUUGCUGUUAGCAGGGAUUCCCGCCACAUGCUAAUCAACUCUGCCGACGGACAAAUACAGCUUGUUGACAUCAACACAACAGACGUUGUUCGCCGAUUCUCAGGGCAGAAACAAGGGCAUUUCGUCAUUCGCAGUGUCUUUGGUGGUGCGGCGGAGAACUUCAUUGUUAGUGGAAGUGAAGAUUCUCGUGUUUAUAUCUUUCACAAAGAAGCCGGCACACUUGUGGAGGCUUUAGAGGGGCAUGUACGAGGAUGUGUAAAUUCCAUGUCCUGGAAUCCCCGAGACCCAGGAAUGUUUGCUUCUGCUGGCGACGACUGCUUGGUUAGAAUUUGGACACGUGAACGUGACAUACGACCAAAUGUUUCAGCGAGCAAGCACAGGGCAGUAUCGACAAGUGGAUUCACUCGCACCAGCGCUCUGCGUUCAACAUCAAGCUUCAAUUAG